UUAAAGACAACGGCACCGUCUAGAUUUAUUCUCGGAAAACAGGUCAGCAUCCACCAACAACCUUUGUUUAGACGCCGUCGUUUCGUGAAACGCCGGCGCCACCAUGGCCGAGAAAGCGAAGCACCACCACCACCACCACCACCACCGUGGCUUCGUGCUCUCGUUCCCAGUGUGCGUCGUCGUUUUGGCCAUCGCCUACAUUUACCUCUCCACCGUCUUCGUCUUCAUUGACCGCUGGCUCGGCCUCUUCUCUUCCCCGGGGAUCGUCAACGCUGUCGUUUUCACCGCCGUCGCCUCCGUCUGUGUAUCCUCCUACCGCUCCGCCAUUUCUGCCGAUCCGGGUCGGGUUCCCUCCACCUAUGUUCCUGACGUUGAAGACGGUGAGGUCCCCAUCCACGAGAUCAAGCGUAAGGGUGGAGACUUGCGAUAUUGCCAAAAGUGUUCUCAUUAUAAGCCUCCCCGAGCACAUCAUUGCCGGGUUUGUAAAAGAUGUGUUCUACGAAUGGAUCACCAUUGUAUUUGGAUAAAUAAUUGCGUUGGUCAUGGAAACUAUAAGGUCUUCUUCAUUUUCGUCAUGUAUGCUGUAAUUGCCUGCGUCUACUCCCUGGUCUUACUUGUUGGUAGUCUAGCUUCUGAUCAUAUUACGGAUGAGAAAAACGAUGGCUCUUUCAGAACUGUAUAUGUUGUUUCGGGGCUCUUACUGGUCCCCUUAUCUAUAGCAUUAUGUGUGCUUUUCGGAUGGCAUAUCUAUCUCAUCCUUCACAAUAAGACUACAAUAGAGUAUCAUGAAGGAGUGAGAGCUUUGUGGCUUGCAGAGAAGGGCGGGAGUCUAUAUAAUCAUCCAUAUGACCUUGGUCCAUAUGAGAAUUUGCAAUCUGUUUUGGGACCAAAUAUCCUUAGCUGGCUGUGGCCUACAACAGACCAUAUAGGUUCUGGACUUAGGUUCCGCACCAUCUAUGAACUCACACAAAGUGCAUCAACAUCAAAAUGAUGUUUUGACUUUGCUUUCACGGUGGUAAUGUAUUCAUUCAUAUUAACACUUUUCGAGACGAAUGACUGAGUGAUGACAAUACAAAAUGACCUGUUACAUGCUACCACAAGUCCGAUAUAAGUAUAGGUUUUUUAAUAGCAUUCUCCCACAAUCACUGAGGAUAGCUGCUGAAAACCUGAUUGCUGCUGCUGCUGCUGCUGCUGCAUAUACUUGAAGGAAUUAUGUAAUGUGUGCUCAUGUGGAUAUUGAUAAUAGAAUUUUUCUUCCAUUUGUUAGACACAGAGUAGGCUUCUUUUGUUGCUUUUCCCUUCUUCCAGUCUUGUUAGGUUCCAAUAAUGUGAGGUCACAGCUGUAGAUUUCUGCUGAUAUACCUAAUGUACAAAGGGAAGUUCUGGAACCAGCACCAGCUCAUCAAGGGAUUGCUUAACCUUUGUGAAAAGUUGUAUUUUUGUAUUCUAGAACUCUUCUGUAUUUUGAACUGGAUGAAAUAAUAACAAUUUUGCAUUAUACAA